UAUCCUCUCGGCAUCUCUCCCACGCUCCGGCGCUCAGCCUGCAGCUCCCCGGAUCCUCCCAGAUCCUCCAGGGGAAACAAACUCCGCUCAGCUCCGCAUUUUUUAUUUUGUUUUCUCUUUUUUUCUGUGAGCCACUCCACUCCGCGCUGCUCGGUACUUUCCGUGUCUACCUGCGGCGGCAGCAGCAGCGGAGGUGGGCGGGUGGAGUCCUCUGACCCUCUGUCGCCCACUCGCCUUCUGCAGAGGAGGGGGGGGAUAUGGAUGGACUGCGCCUGCCUCCACUCAUAGAAGAGACUCUGGACUCUACAGAUGAUCCUGGUGAUCUGAAAGCCGACAGCAGCCCGAACAUGGACAACGAGAUGACAGCUAAGGAGAGAGGCGUCCUGGAGGACAACGAGAAGGAAGUGUUGGACCAGGAGGACGAGGGGGAAGAGAGGAAGCUGAGGGAGGAAGGGGAAGGGCUGGAGAAAAGGAGGAAGGAGCAGGAGCCGCUGACGGAGGAGCAGGAGCUGGAGGAGCUGAAGGCCCAGGUGCUGCAGCUGCUGCUUGAGCUGGACGAGGCCAGGGAGACGUCCAACAAGCACCAGGAAAGUUUCCAUGAGUUGCAAGCCCAGCUGCGCUCCGUGCAGGAGGAGAUGAACAGUUUGGAGGAGGAGAAAGAGAGCGAGCUGGCCGAGGCCCAGGAGGAGCUGCGCGUUGCCCAGGAGGAGGUUCUCCUGCUUCAGCAGGCGGCGGAAGACGCAGCUGCGGAGCGGGAGAACGAUAUCGCAUCACUGCAGGAGGAGCUGUGCCGUCGGCGGGCUGAGCUGCAGCGCCUGACCGAGGAGACCCAGGAGUACGAGCUGGAGAUCACGACGCUGAGGGCAGAGAUCAGCAUGAAGAGCCAGCGCAGGGAGGCCGAGAGGAGAGAGGGUGACGUGGACCUCCUGAAGGAGGAGUGCCGUAUGCUGAGGGAGGAGUGUGAGAGCCUGAAGGAAAGCAACAGGAGGCUGACGGAGAAGCUGCAGCUGCUGCAGAGACAGAGGACAUGCUCCAGUGUCUAUCUGUCCCUCAAAGAGGAAGAUGCAGUGGAGGGUGGAGAGGAGAAGGAGGGCGAGGCUGGCUCGGGCGAGGUCAUGACCGGGAGUUACAUGACCAUGACCCAGUCUGAGAACUGUCGCCUGGUGGAUGCCUCCAUCCAGAAGAACAUCUCUUUUGAUGGGAAGCCGGUGACGCCCACAAGCUGGAACGGAGGCAUCGGGGAGAUCUUCUCACUGAGAGAGCAGCUGAAACAGGCCGAGGAGAAGGCCUCCCAGGUUCAGAGAGAGUGUGAUGGUCUGAAGAUGGAGCUGCAGGAGCUGCAGAUUCUGUACGACAGCAGUCAGAGGGAGAGGGCAGAGCUGGAGGAGGAGCUGCAGCGCUGCAAGGCCGAGCUGGAGAAGUUGUCAGGAGGAACUCAGAGAUUCAUCCAUCCGUCUGAGCACCCUGUUCUCUCCAUCCCCUUCGUAGGAAUGAUUAUAAUUGUGGCUGUGGUCUGGUGCUGGUUGUCGGAGCUGGCGUCCCAGAGAGCAAGGGGAGUGAGCUAGGUUGGAACUCGAUUGUGACUCUCUCUGCAGCCGCAGCACUGCUGCUAGCAAUGGCUGGCUUGUUGAGAGCCCUGGUCCGGUGUUGAUUGGAUGGGAGGGACGUCCGCUUCAAACCAGCCUGUGUUCUCUCUCCCUGCCACAUAAACAGACUGAACUGGAGCCCUUUCAAUACAACACACCUAAAAACAGUAUCAUAGAUAACAUGCUGAGAAGUUUGUUCUCUGGGGAGAUUGGUACUACAUGGAAACACGGACUGAGAUGGGCUCAGUCUAAGCGCUGCGACGAUGAGCUGCCCUGCAGCACAAAUCAGGAGUAAUUCAUUAAAUAGAUGUAUGCUAAUGUUGUGUCAGUCCUUUCUGAAUAGGAUCUUCUUCUCUUUUAAUAUGUGACAGAAUUAAGGUCUUGUUUAUUAAUGUUUCCUAAUUAGAAUGUCAUUAAUUUGUAAAACUUGAUUAUUUAAUUUUUUGUGUUUUUUCUUGUAUUGCUCAUAAGUGUUUCUGGUAAUAUUGAAAGUAGUUCUCCACCUGUAAAUCUUUAAGAAAGCUGGCUGUUAGCAUCACCAAUUUAUAAACUGGCAGCCAGUCAUUUCACACCGUAUGUUUUUAUCUGCUAUUUAUUUUUAAAUCACUUGUUUUUAUUGUAAAACUAAUUUAAUUUAGCUCCUCUUCUUCUUGAACUAACUGAUCUAUGCUUGCCUUAACACUUUGAAACCUAGUCCUUUAAUUUGAACUAACUUUGCAUUAUAGGUCGACAAUAAGAGUUUCUUUAAUCUUUAUCUCUUGUUUUAAAACAAUUCAGUCGUUUUCUAAAGAGACGCCGAACUACGGAAGGGCCACUGAAAAAAAAAAAAAAGUUAACUGAUUUUUUUUUAUUUUAUUUCAGUAUAGUC